CGGUGGGCUACACGGCGUGGGCGAUCAAGGUGGAGGCGAUCCUCGACGCGCAAGGCCUCUGGGAGGCUGUGUCACCGUCGGGCAAUGGCGUGGUGGACGCGCACAAGAACAAGACGGCGCGGGCGCAGCUACUGCAGGCACUGCCCGAGGACAUCCUCAUGCAGGUGUCCACGAAGAAGACGGCGAAGGAGGUUUGGGAGAGCCUCAAGACGAGGUUCGUCGGCACCGAUCGUGUCAAGACGGCGCGCCUCGCCACACUCAAGGGGGACUUCGAUAAGCUGUGCAUGGUGGACAGGGAUGCGCUGGACGACUACGCCGGGAAGAUCAGCGUCAUGGCCGCGAAGUACGCCGGCCUCGGGUCCACGCUCGAUGACGCCGCCAUGGUGAAGAAGCUGCUCGACACCGUGCCCGAUCACCUGUACCCGACGGUGGCGGGGAUCGAGCAGUUCUGCGACGUCGAGAAGAUGGCAUUCGAGGAGGCGCUCGGGCGGCUGAAGGCCUUCGACGAGCGGUCGCGGCGGCGCGCUCAGAUCACCGGCGGACAGGCGCCGUCCGGUGGUCACGGUGGUGGUGAGAAACUUCUGCUCACGGAGGCGGGAUGGAAGGCGCGGCACAAGGCGAAGUCCGGGAUCGGGAGGUGCUUCAACUGCGGCGUUCGCAGCCACUUCGCGUGGGAUUGCCGCAAGCCGAAGAAGGAGGAGGCAUUGCUCGCCAAAGCCGACGAGGAGUGGCGUACGGCGCCGUGUUUAGGGGGAGAUUGUUAG